UUGGGAGAGGUUCUCGUUGACUGAACCCAAGAAAACAUGGGAGGAAGAGGAGGAGAUCAAGCAAAUUAUGAACCGGCUCUUCUUGAAACUCCUCUUAUCCAAAACCCAAGCCGAGAUCGCGAACACGAAUACGACGGCGACAAUGACGACGCAGCAUGUUCAUCGAGCUUGGUUCGAAGAGAUGGGAGUCGCGCGAUCAUAACCGAAGAAGUGAAGAAGCAGCUAUGGCUGUCGGGGCCACUGAUCGGAAUGAGCAUGUUGCAGGAGAGCGUGCCGGUGAUCUCUGCCAUGUUCGUGGGCCAUCUUGGGAAGCUCCCUCUCUCCGGCGCGUCCAUGGGCUUUGCCUUCGCUUCAGUCACCGGCUUCAGUGUCUUGUCUGGAAUGGAGGUGCAUUGGAGACGUUAUGUGGCCAAGCCUAUGGAGCCAAACAGUAUCACAUGCUUGGAGUUCACACGCAGCGAGCUAUGCUUAUGCUUCUAUGCCUAAGCAUUCCUCUUGCAGUCAUAUGGCUCUACACCUCCGACAUUCUCAUAGCUUUUGGCCAAGACAUCGAGAUUUCCAUGGAAGCGGGAAUUUUCAAUCGUUGGAUGAUCCCAAGCCUAUUUGCGUAUGGCCUCCUCCAGUGUCUGAACCGGUUCUUGCAGAUGCAGAAUAACGUUUUACCUAUGAUGAUGAGCUCUUUGAUUUCUGCUUCUCUUCACAUAGUCAUCUGUUAUGUCUUUAUCGUGAAGUUUGGACUAGGAAGCAGAGGAGCUGCUUUGGCAAACUCGAUUUCGAAUUGGAACAAUGUUAUUAUGCUGGCGAUUUACAUGAAGCUCUCUCCCGCUUGCAUCAAAACUUGGACUGGUUUCACCAAAGAGGCCUUGCGUGACAUUGCUAGCUUUGUCAAGCUUGCUGUUCCUUCAGCAGUUAUGACUUGUUUAGAGUACUGGUCCUUCGACAUGGUUGUUCUUCUAUCGGGUCUUCUGCCAAAUCCGAAAUUAGAGACAUCUGUGUUAUCGAUGAGCCUCAACACUUGCUGGAUGGUCUACAUGAUCUCUGUCGGUCUCGGCGGAGCAAUCAGUACUAGAGUAUCGAAUGAAUUAGGUGCAGGCCGCACUGCAGUUGCCCGCUUGGCAUUCCGAGUUAUGAUUACCAUUGCCAUUGCGGAGGGUGCCGUAGUUGGAAUCGUGACGAUUUUGGUACGCCAUGUCUUGGGGAAGCUGUACAGCAACGAAGAGGAAGUUAUCAAGUACUUUGCCAGAGUUAUACCACUCCUCGCUCUCUCGGAUUUCUUGGAUGGGAUCCAGUGCGUCCUUUCAGGGUCCGCAAGAGGAUGUGGAUGGCAGAAUGUCUGCGCUUGGAUAAACCUUGGGGCUUAUUAUGUCGUGGCGAUUCCUUGUGCCGUACUGUUUGCUUUCGGUUUCCAUGUCGGAGGGAUGGGUCUAUGGAUGGGGAUCGUGUGCGGGCUCUCGGUACAAGUCAUGGCGCUCAUCGCGGUGAACGCAGGAACCAACUGGGAUCAGGAGGCAAAGAAAGCCGUGGAUAGAGUUACAGCACUGCGAGCACAGUCUGAUGUGGAACAAGAACAAAGUCAGAUAUGCUAGAUAUUGAAAAAUAGGCUAUGGGUUUGCAUUUUAAUAGUCUCUCUGGAGUAUAAACAUAUGACUUGCUACCUCUACAAUAGUAUCAUACGACUGAACCAAACAUUUUUACAAACAUUUCGACUUUAAGACAUGGAUUGUGUAUAUCCUGA